AGCGGCCAAUCACCGACGACGUAGAUGGCGCUGUAGUGCUGACGCGAUACGACCCCAAGCUAGCUUGCACUGGGAACAUUUUGCUUCGAGCUCCAUACAUUUCUUCUGGUUCUCUACGUCUACAGUUUGGUUGUGUGCCAGUUCAAAAAGAAUUUCAAAAUUUUUGCCAUCAGGAAAAAAGUUAAAAUGUCGGACAAGCCUAAGCGUCCUAUGUCAGCAUAUAUGCUGUGGCUGAACAGUGCAAGAGAAAAGAUAAAGGCUGAUAAUCCUGGGCUCAAAGUAACUGAAAUCGCCAAAAAGGGUGGUGAAAUAUGGAGGUCAAUGAAAGACAAGAGUGUUUGGGAAGAAAAAGCAGCUGAAGCAAAAGAACAGUACACAAAAGAUCUAGAGUCAUAUAAUGCCAAUGGUGGAGGUGGCGAGGGAGGUGGCAAGAAGGCUCAAAAGCGAGGAAAGAAGGGCAAGAAAGCGUCUGCACCUGCUAAAGCUAAAAAGAAGAAGGAUGAGUCCGAGGAGGAGGACGGUGAUGAGGAGGAGGAGGAAGAAAGCGAAUGAUCUCCCAACCAGCAAAACAAUUCUGUUCAUAUUGAAUAAUUUACUUGGACUUAAUUUAUUACAAAGUAAAAAUGGACUGACUUUCCAAAGUCUGUAACUGCAGUUCACCUUUUUUAUAUUCUGAUAUUAUACAUUUUGAUUUUGUGAUUUUUUUUAACUUGAUUGGAUCCAAUUUAUUGUAACAAUUAUUUGGUCUAUGAACUUGUUGAAUUUUUUCAGUGUUAAUGUAAUACUUCGCUAAUGUAGUAUUAAUUGUAAUAGUUGUAAGUUGACUGCAGAGUUUGGAAAGUUUCACCACAGGCUAGGUUCUAGGUUUCUAAGCCUCAAAAAAAAAUAAUGUUUAAGUGUUAGCAUGUAUACACCAGGGAAUUGUACAGUUAGCCCUCCCUCGUUAAGUUCGCUGUGACUACUGGAUGCUCACAUUUGAGAUGUACGAUUUGGUUUUAUCAAAACUUGUAUGUCUUCAGCUCCCAAUUUUGCUCUGUAUUAAGUUAAAGCUGUGCUUUGAUUUUAAUAUGCCAUUAUUAACUGUACCUAUCAAUGUUGUGUGAUUUCACGUGACAUAACAGUUUUGGUCAAACUAUACCAAUAUGUAAAAUUAGAGACUAUUCAUUAAAUUACUAAUGUUAGUUAAACCUACCUCUUCUCACUGUAAAUUGCAUUGCCGACAAUUGUACCAAACUUAGCUAAGCACUAAAAAUGUCUUGUGCUAGGCAAUUUAAGUAAUUUAGGAAAUUGAUGUGUAUGUUGUAUUUUAGUUAGUUAAUAGGUAGGUUUUCAAUGUGAUUUGUCUCUCAAAUUUUACAUUUGUGUUGUUUGUAAAUGAGAAUUAGCAUUCCUCAUGUCAAUACGGAUUUUACAU